AAGAACUGUAAGUUCCUUACUGACAUACAGGAUCACCAGGUAAACCAGUAGAGGAAAAUGGGUCGCUCUAAUACCAGAUCACAUUCUUCAAGAUCAAAGUCCAGAUCUCAGUCCAGUUCAAGGUCAAGGUCAAGAUCACAUUCUAGAAAAAAGAGAUACAGUUCUAGGUCUCGAUCUAGGACAUAUUCCCGAUCUCGCAGUAGAGAUCGUGUUUAUAAUAGAGAUUACCGCAGAGAUUACAGAAAUAAUAGAGGAAUGAGACGCCCUUAUGGCUACAGAGGAAGAGGUAGAGGAUAUUAUCCAGGAGGUGGAGGUAGAUAUCAUCGUGGAGGUUACAGACCUGUGUGGAAUAGAAGGCACUCUCGAAGUCCUAGACGGGGCCGUUCACGUUCUAGAAGUCCAAAGCGACGAUCAGUCUCUUCCCAGAGGUCUCGCAGCAGAUCGCGCCGAUCGUACAGAUCUUCCAGAUCUCCAAGGUCCUCUUCGUCUCGCUCGUCUUCUCCAUACAGCAAGUCACCUGUCUCCUCCAAAAGACGUGGGUCAUCAGAAAAGCAAGCAAAGAAAACUGAGGGAGCUGCUUUGCAAGGCAGCCCAUUAAAAAAUAAAUCACAGGAGGAAGAGAAAGGUGCAUUCGAACAUGAUCCAUCUGAGCCUAUAGAAAACUUCAGUAAAUCAGCAGCAGCUUCAGGUGAUAUUUGGCCUGGACUUUCAGCAUAUGAUAACAGUCCACGGUCUCCCCAUAGUCAUUCUGUUGCUUCCCCACCUAGUCAGAGUUCUUCAUGCUCUGAUGCUCCCUUACUCAGCACGGUUCACUCGGCAAAAGACACACCUCAACACUCACAUUCCAUUCAGCAUAGUCCUGAGAGGUCUGGGUCUGGCUCCCUGGGAAAUGGGUCCAGUCGCUACAGCCCUUCCCAGAACAGCCCACUGCAUCACAUUCCUGCAAGAAGAAGCCCUGCAAAAGCAGUCGCAUCACAGAAUGCUCCACGUGAGGAGAUUCGCAUGCGCUCCUUUUAUCCAGAGGCUGGAGAACAGGAAAGUGCAAAGGGUGGAAAAUUCCUGAAAAGGUACACAGAUGAAGAAUCUAGAGUAUACCUGCUUGAUAGAGGUAAUACUAGGGAGAAAGAUACCCAAAAAGAGAGAGGAUCAGAAAAAGGAAGGACAGAGGGAGAAAGAGAAUGGGAAGAUCAGGAAGCAUUGGAAUACUAUAUGGACAAAGAGUCUGGAAAACAAAAAUUUAAUGAUUCUGAAGGGGAGGACACUGAGGAGACAGAAGAUUACAGGCAGUUCAGAAAGUCUGUUCUGGCAGAUCAGGGCAAGGGCUUUGCUGCAUCUCACAGGAAUACUGAGGAGGAAGGAUCCAAGUACAAAUCUAAAAUCUCUUUGAAGACAAAUAGAGAGAGUGAAGGUUUUAGAGAAGAUAAAAGUUAUAAGCUUAAAGAGACUAGUUAUGUAGUAGAGAGGCCUAGUUCACUAAAAGAUAAGCACAAGGAAGAAGAGAAAAUAUCUGAGAGAAUGAUGAAGAAAGAAACCCAAUCACCUGAGCAGGUAAAGUCUGAGAAGCUCAAAGAACUCUUUGAUUAUAGCCCUCCUCUGCACAAGAAUGUGGAUGCAAGAGAAAAAUCUACAUUCAGGGAGGAGAGCCCACUUAGGAUCAAAAUGAUAGCCAGUGACUCUCAUCGACCUGAAGUGAAACUUAAAAUGGCUCCAGUGCCGCUUGAUGAUUCAAAUAGACCUGCGUCCUUGACUAAAGACCGGCUGCUUGCUAGUACACUUGUCCAUUCGGUCAAGAAGGAGCAAGAGUUCCGAUCCAUCUUUGACCACAUUAAGCUACCACAAGCCAGCAAAAGCACAUCAGAGUCAUUUAUUCAGCACAUUGUGUCCUUAGUUCAUCAUGUCAAAGAACAAUAUUUCAAGUCGGCCGCUGUGACCCUAAGUGAGAGGUUCACUGCUUAUCAGAAGGCUACUGAAGAACAUAGCGCCCGGCAAAAGAGCCCCGAAAUUCACAGGAGGAUUGACAUCUCUCCAAGUGCCCUGAGGAAGCACACCCGUUUAGCGGGAGAAGAGAGAGCCUUUAAAGAAGAAACUCAGAAAGGAGAUAAAAAAUUAAAGUGUGAUGCUGCUGACCUUCGACAUGACAUCGACCGUCGCAGAAAAGAACGAAGUAAAGAACGAGGAGACUCUAAAGGUUCCAGGGAAUCCAGUGGAUCAAGAACGCAGGAGAAAAUGUCAAAAGAUUACAAGGAUUAUAAAUCUUACAAAGAAGACAGCAAAAAUGUAUUUGUCUUUUACACGGCUUAUGGUGGAUGAGGACAAAAACUUUGGAAUAGCAAGCUAACACUGAAAAAAAAUGACAAAUUAAUCUGUCCUAUUAUCCAGGCUACAUCAGGAGGUUGGACUUCAAUGCAGUACAUUUCUGUAAACAGUUUGUUUCCCGAGAAGAAAAAGAAUGCAAGAAAGAAAAAGACGAAGAGUUUAAACCUCAUCAUGAACAAAAAGAAUACUCUGGUUUUACAGGAGUUGGAAGACCUAGAGGCACAUUUUUUCGAAUUAGGGGCAGAGG